GCUUCAUGCCUCAAACUGGAUAUACGUCUACGCAUCCUUGCCCUCUAGUUAAAUUGGUGGCUCAAUGGAGGCGCGGCGCUCGUAUCGCUAACGCCGCUGGACAGCGAAAAUGGCGUUCAACUUCGUUGCGCUGUGCUACAUCGUAGCUCUGAUUCUCACGGCGUUCCUCAUAUUUAUGGCCGUAUUUCACGUCAUUGCUUUCGACGAACUGAAGAACAACUACAAGAAUCCCAUCGAGCAGUGCGACAGCCUCAACCCACUGGUGCUUCCCGAGUACCUGGUGCACAUUCUCUACAAUGUGCUCUUCCUCUUUGCGGGCGAGCUCUUCACUGUGCUGCUUAACCUGCCACUCAUCGGGUACCACAUCAACAGGUACCGGCAGCGUCCCGUGAUGAGCGUGCCUGGCCUGUACGACCCUACGAGCAUAAUGAACGCUGACCAGCUGAGCCGGGCAAUGCGUGAGGGAUGGGUCAAGCUGGCCUUCUACCUGCUCUCCUUCUUCUACUACCUCUACGGCAUGAUCCACUCCCUGAUUACGGUGGAGUGAGUGUGGGCCACACCCGGGAAGGAGAAGCGGCAACCCAGGCGAAGAAGUAUCCUUCCAAUCGGCUGUCGCCCCAUGAAGCAAGGCUGCGACGUCCCGAAGUGCUUGCUAAGCAUUUACCUCAAGGCAGCGGAAUACGAUAGACUACCCCUACAGAGCAAGCGACGAACUGAUCUUCAUGCUUCUUAUCGCAGACUGGCUUUCUUGUUCUCAUCAGAGCAGCCAAGUGCGAUGUGCGCCGUGAACUGUGCCAGAACUGUUUCUGCGGACUGGAGGUUGUGUCCUUCCCCGCCUCGGAGAAUGUGCCGUAUUUAUGUGCUGAUGUACAGCUGUGUGUGUGUGCGUGUGUGUACGUGUGACCUGCUAGUGCAAUGUUUCAAGAUUACAUGGGGCCUUUGCCUGGGCUCUUUUGCUUAGGGUUGAAUAAAAACAUUGUAGCUUAA